AUGGCCUCGUUGCAGAUCCCCAUGCGAGGAAAGUCGGGCGGUGCACCUGUGACAAAGGCGGUGAUACUGGUCGGUGGCCCUUCGCGUGGCACGCGCUUCAGACCGCUUUCGCUGGAUCUGCCAAAGCCCCUCUUCGAAGUUGCAGGCCACCCGAUCAUUGAGCACUGUUUCGCUGCGAUUGCACGUGUACAGGAGAUUCGCGAGGUCUUUAUCGUUGGAUACUACGACGAGGGCGUCUUCCGCGACUUCAUCAAGGACUGCUCGCGUACCCACCCUCACAUCAGCGUCAAGUACCUGCGCGAGUAUCAGGCACUGGGCACUGCAGGUGGUCUAUACCAUUUCCGCGAUGCCAUUCUCAAAGGACGGCCAGACCGCUUCUUCGUACUCAACGCCGACGUCUGCUGCUCCUUCCCACUAGAGCAGAUGCUUCGUCUGUUUGAGGAAAAGGAUGCGGAAGCUAUCAUCUUAGGAACUAGAGUCCCGAAUGACUCGGCGACGAACUUUGGUUGCAUUGUCAGCGAUUCUCACAGCAAGCGCGUGCUGCAUUACGUCGAGAAGCCCGAGUCGCACAUCUCCAACCUGAUCAACUGCGGCGUAUAUCUAUUCGCAACCGAAGCCAUCUUCCCCAGCAUCAAGAGCGCGAUCAAGCGACGUGCAGACAGGCCGCGGCUGGUAUCAUACCCAUCCUCGGACGCACUAGACUCGCAAUACACGCCAGCGGGAGAGGAUGAUGAAGAUGGCGAAAAGAAUGAGGUGAUUCGCUUGGAGCAGGACAUCCUUUCUGAUCUAGCGGAUAGCAGACAGUUCUUCGUGCUGGAGACCAAGGACUUCUGGCGACAGAUCAAGACUGCUGGCUCCGCAGUCCCCGCCAACGCACUUUACCUUACCAAGGCAUUCCAGCAGCAGUCGGAGGAGCUCGCUAAACCUUCAGCCAACAUUCUCCCACCCGUAUACAUCCACCCAUCGGCGCAGAUUGACCCAACCGCAAAACUUGGGCCAAACGUUUCCAUCGGACCUCGCGCCGUUGUCGGCGCCGGCGUCAGGAUUAAGGAAUCGAUUGUGUUGGAGGAUGCUGAGAUUCGUCACGAUGCGUGCAUUCUGUACUCUAUCAUCGGAUGGAACAGCCGUAUCGGUGCGUGGGCAAGAGUGGAGGGCACACCCACUCCAAUCCGUGAGCACAGCACUAGCGUGGUGAAGAACGGUGUCAAGGUGCAGAGCAUCACCAUUCUGGGUAAGGAGUGUGCUGUUGCCGACGAGGUGCGAGUGCAGAAUUGUGUUUGCUUGCCGUACAAGGAGCUGAAGCGGGACGUUGCCAACGAGGUCAUCAUGUAG